GCAGUGGGGCCCACGCCAGGCGACUGGGGUCCGCGCGGAGCUGGAGGCGUGCUCGUCCCCGCGGACUGAAGUCGGAUCGCUCGGCCCGCCGAGUAAUGGCUAUGCAGAUGCAGCUUGAAGCAAACGCAGAUACUUCAGUGGAAGAAGAAAGCUUUGGCCCACAACCUAUUUCACGGUUAGAGCAAUGUGGCAUAAAUGCAAACGAUGUGAAGAAAUUGGAAGAAGCUGGAUUCCAUACUGUAGAGGCUGUUGCCUAUGCACCAAAGAAGGAGCUAAUAAAUAUUAAGGGAAUUAGUGAAGCCAAAGCUGAUAAGAUUCUGGCUGAGGCUGCUAAAUUAGUUCCAAUGGGUUUCACCACUGCAACUGAAUUCCACCAAAGGCGGUCAGAGAUCAUACAGAUUACUACUGGCUCCAAAGAGCUGGACAAAUUACUGCAAGGUGGAAUAGAGACUGGAUCUAUUACAGAGAUGUUUGGAGAAUUCCGAACUGGGAAGACUCAGAUCUGUCAUACACUGGCUGUAACAUGCCAGCUUCCGAUUGACCGGGGUGGAGGUGAAGGAAAGGCCAUGUACAUUGACACUGAGGGUACCUUUAGGCCAGAACGCCUGCUAGCAGUGGCUGAGAGAUACGGCCUCUCUGGCAGUGAUGUCUUGGAUAAUGUAGCAUAUGCUCGAGGGUUCAACACAGACCACCAAACCCAGCUCCUUUAUCAAGCUUCAGCCAUGAUGGUAGAAUCUAGGUAUGCACUGCUUAUUGUAGACAGUGCCACCGCCCUUUACAGAACAGACUACUCAGGCCGAGGUGAGCUCUCAGCCAGGCAGAUGCACUUGGCCAGGUUUCUGAGGAUGCUUCUGCGGCUUGCUGAUGAGUUUGGGGUAGCAGUGGUCAUCACCAACCAGGUGGUAGCCCAGGUGGAUGGAGCAGCCAUGUUUGCUGCAGAUCCCAAAAAACCUAUUGGAGGAAACAUCAUCGCCCAUGCAUCAACAACCAGACUGUACCUGAGGAAAGGAAGAGGGGAAACGAGAAUCUGCAAAAUCUAUGACUCUCCUUGUCUUCCUGAAGCUGAAGCUAUGUUUGCCAUAAAUGCAGAUGGAGUGGGAGAUGCCAAAGACUGAAUCACUGGUUUUUCCCUUGUGAUAAACCUUAAGUUCUGCAUCCUAAUGGAGAGGACUACUCUCCACACAGGCCUCUUCCUGUUGUGACUGCCAGGAAAAACAGCUAUUGUAUCAGCUUUUCUAAUGGUAUAAACAGGAAACAGGUCAGUAAUCAUAACUGAUCUGAAGUGUUUAUUCCUUCUGGAGUGCAUUAAUGUCUGAUUUCUUUGGAUUUGGAGGAGAGGUAUGAAAUACCUUUGACAUGGUGCCUUGAGAUUGACUCAAAUCUAAUAGCUAUCUGUUGGAAAUCUUAUCUCUCUGAGAGAACUAAAGCUGGGGAGACCUGACCCUUCUCUCACUUCUGAAUAAUGGUAAAAUAAAAUACCUGAGGUACAUAUGUAGCAAAGGGAAUGGGUCUCUGCGCAAGUUCUCUUUCAAUGUCAAUAAAACUCUCCCAUCAAUCAGAAGCAGGUUUUUAAGUUGUAUGCUUGAAUGUUUGCAUGUAAGAAUUUGUUUUGGAUUAAAGAGUCUUAUUCAAUGUCUGCUAAGCCAUCAGCCCUUCACCAUCUACUUGUUUGGUCUUUAUUGCUAACACUAACUUAAGAUAAUUCUGGAAUCUUAAGUAUUUCAAAGGCUGAGUAAGAGAUUGAGUUUUAGGGUGCUAAUAAAGUAGUUAUUUGUAGAGAAUGUAUUGUUUAUAGUAGUUAAUUCUAGUGCAAACUGAAUAGUUCAAGAUAGGGUCUCCAUGAUGUCUUUUUGACAUUGGAUAGGGUGAUUGGUUUC